AUGUCAUCUGAGCUUGAAUUAUCGAAACAGCGUAUCACUGAACUUGAGGCUGAGAAUUCCGGUCUUAGAAUCAAGCUCUCAGUGUCUGAUGCUGAAAUAGCUGAACUUAAGCACAGUAAUAUCGAGUUUCUAAGAGCGAAUAAGGAAUAUAACGAGAGGCGUGAUGCUGAGAAUGCCAAACUCAAGGCCAGAAUCGAGGAGAUGGAAUCUGAGUUUGAAGAUAGAAUCACGAAAGUGGAACAGAAGCAGACUCUGCAAAGCGCCUUAACGGCAAAUUAUAAUUCUUCUAACAACAGUUCAUCUAAUUUCAAUUUGGUUGUAGAUCAGGUGCUAAUGGUAACGCAUCACAAGAAACCAUUGGUGGAUACUUCAUUACCUGAAGACAAGGAAACAGAUGCUUUCUUGGGUGAGGUGCAUAAGAAAAAGGUUAGUAAUGAGAUUAGGCAGAGAAAUCAGGAAAAAAAACUUUACUUUAGCGCCUCCGGCCAAACCCAAAAGUCUCUUCCAAUAGGGUCCCAAAGGGAUCAGAGGCCUCAAGUUCUUGACUCGAUUACUCAGCCAUGCAAUAGCGCAUCAUCAGAAGUAUCAGCUAAUUCAGAUGGCGGGGAAUUGUAUUCACAAGAGCCAUUAAUAGAACAAAAUCAUGUGACCGAAAUUUCUGAGACAUUAUGUCCCAGAAAAAUUACCUCUGAUAAAUCCAGCAUUGAUGAGGCCUCACAAUAUCUAGCUCAGUUAUGCGAUAAAGCUUUUGAUGCUGAAGAUAAAACCAAUCGAGCUAAUCAGGAAGAAAUUUUAUGCUGGUGCCUCUAUGCGAAAGAUUUCAUAAUUCAGCUCAAUGAAAUUAUAGAAAGUAGGGGAGUGGGGCUAGAUAAAAUCAAGUAUAUUAAAUCUUAUAGUGCGACUUCUAUUUCAGAGCUUACUAAUGAGCAAAUUCAAAAGGUUAUAGAUUAUGGAGUAUCUUCAGAAAAAAUAUCUCUAGUAACUGAUCAUGUAACUAAAAUUUCUGAGACAUUAUGUCCCAGAAAAAAUUUGUCUGAAAAUACUCCCGAUCAGAAUAAUGUAUUGGAAGUCUUGUCUUCAAAGGAAUCAACUGCACUUAUUUCAUUAGCCCAUCCCUCUAAUUCAUCUGAUAAUUCCAAGGAAAAGGAGGACGAUGAUGACUCUGAUCCCAAUGAUUCUGAAAAAGAGAUGCCAGACGAUUCAAAUGAUGAUGGAUAUAAUGAUUACGGUGGAUAUAAUGAAUAUAGUGAACGUGAUAGAGAAUUAUUGGAUGAAUUGCAUAUUCGUAUAGGCUAG